AUGGCUUGCUCGAGUAAGGAGGUACUAGAACUUGUGCCUAUGCGCACACGGUCACUGCCCCCAGGCAGGAUUGAACUACCGACCUUCCACUUACUGAUCGGGUGGUCUACCACGGAGCUAUAG